CAGCGCAGCUGCAGACUGCAAGCACCUCACCACCCGCCGGGUCUGAAAAAAGUUAAACGUCCCUGGAGGGGUGGAAAAAGAAAAGAAAAGGAAAGAAAAGAAAAAAAAAAACAGCCUUUUUAAAGCUCUGGCUGCCGCCGUGUGCGGAACCAACAAAAGAAAAGAACGAGGAAAAGGCCUUUUUUUCCCACUCAGACCUGAAGCACGCCCCCUGCUGGCACGGAGAUAAAACAGCUGGAAUAAAGUACGGAAUGAAGUCGAGCCACUCCCCUUACCUGGCCUGUGUGUGUGCUUGCAUGCCUCCGGGGUUGUGGGCGUGAUCCAAGGCCUCUCAGGACUCACAACAAUGGCGCUUCACAAAUCGAUCACCCCUAAUCCAGAAGCGGAGGACAUUUUGUAGAUUGACAGCUUCAAGUGUCUUUCAAAGCUGAGAGGAGCUCAUGGAGGAGGAAAACGCAUGCUCCUCCAUGCCAGACUGUGUGGAAGCAGCUCUUCCUCAGCCUGAACAAGAGUGUCGGACCUCGACAGGCCAGCAGAGCAUCAAUGGAGCAAAGGAGGUCAUGGUGUGGGGCGAGACACAAGUGCAGAUGAGGUUCAGAGACGAGCCAAAGGCAGGUGAUGUGUCUGAAGAGGCAGAGGAGGGUGAGGAAACCUGGUCGGCUCAGACCUUCACCUGUACCAGCCCUCCAAUUUCUGUUGCCACAGUGGAAUGGGACAUGCACGAUUCCUGCACAGAGACUUCUUUACUCAUGACUGACAGCAGCUUGGCCAAUGAGCUGGACUUUACGAGUCUAAUCAGCACUUCCCCCUCGUUUCACUGGCUUCAAGAGGCUGAUGUUGAGCUUUUGGAGCAGUGGGGCAAAGAGGAACCGGAUGAUGCCGAGCUACUGAGCUCAACUGUUGCAUGCUCAGGAAACGACACUCAGACAUGUGAUUCUGCAGAUGUGAAAGAACCGAAGACACAGGAAAAGGAAGACUCAACACACGAGCAGCCAGACACUGACGACGCAAAGACGGUUUUAAAGCAAGAUGGGGAACGUCCCUUAGAGUCAGCUGUUGUUGCAACAGAGGACUUUACAGAAACGGCUGAGGAUAUCCGAUGCUCAGGCGAUGCUGUGGAGGAUUUUAUAGACUUGAAACCAGAAGAGGAACAAGAGGUCAGCGUUCUGCUGACUGAGCAAGACGACUCAGAGGUGGAACAAACUUCAGCAAGUUGUGUUGAGGACAACGAGGAAAACGAAGACAGCAGCGAGGUUCAAGAACAGCAGAGUGUGACCAACGGUUUCAACGAGGAAGAGGAGACUUCAGCAAAGGAUGAUGAGGAUGAGGAGAAGAGUGUGACUAACGUUUACAACGAGGAAGAAAGUGACGAAGCCAAAAGUGUCACCUUUCUCAAAACUGCGGAGGUACCUGCAGAACCAAAGACUGACACUGGACUGAACGUAGCUACAGAUCAGCCGUUAGAUCUGGAGGAGCCGGAGCUUUUGGACGAUCAUUUACACUCAGGGGAGGAGAGGGAAGUUUGGAUACCGGUACAGUUACACAAAGACCUCGAUGUUCAGCCUGAAGAGUUAGAAAUGUGUGAAGAUGUGGAUCAGAAUGUGGACCCUGAGCAGUCAGAGGCUGUGAACAACCAAGAAGCUCCAACACAGGAGGCAGAAAACUCGCCAGAGAGAGAAGAGGUGACUGAAAAUCUCGAGGAGAUGAAUUGUUCAGAACAAACAGCUUCGCAGGACAUCCUUCAGCUUGAAAACUUCGAUUCGGAGCAACAGACGGCUGAAAAGCCAGCCAAGGAUUCCGACUCGUUAGGACAGUCUUUGCUGACGGAGCAGAUAACCUGUGCAUCUGAAAAUCCAGAGCAACCAGGGGACCCUGAUCAGCCAGCGCAGACAGCUAGCGUUGAAACUGAAAUCACACGGCUGCAGGAACCGGCAGGACCAUCAGAGCUGGACGAACAGUCAUCUCAGCCAACGCUACCUGAGAAGAACGAGUCAGACGCCUCAGAACAGCUGUCUGAGACUGAGACAGAGGAGGCCGAGUUAAACCCGUCGGACAAACCGGAGGGGAUGUCAGACCAGGCAGCAGAUGUUGUGGCGACCGACGAUGGGGACAUUCAGAAAGUUGUAGCAAACGGAGGGCAACACGAAACCUCCGACCCAGCGGCGCCGUUCAUGAACGGAGGUGAGGUGGACAGAGAGAAGGCCCGGAAACUCGCCGAACGCCUCUUUAACCUGGACAACGUAGAACGAGCAGAUGUGGUGAAACACAUUGAUAAAGACAAUGACUUCAGUCGUGCUGUUGGAGAGGAAUAUCUUCAGUUUUUUGACUUCACUGGACAAACUCUGGAUCAAGCCCUCAGGUCUUUUCUGAAGGUGGUGGUUCUGAUAGGAGAGUCUCAGGAGAGAGAGCGUGUUCUGCAGCAUUUCUCCAACCGCUUCCAUCAGGGCAACCCUGACUCCUUCUCCUCUCCAGGUGCUGUGUUGGCUCUGACAUGCGCUGUGAUGCUUCUCAACACUGACUUGCAUGGACAGCUUGUAGGAAAAGCAAUGUCAUCCUCUAAGUUUGUGUCCAACCUGGAUGGGAUGAAUGAAGGGGAGAACUUCAACAAGGAUCUGUUAAAAAGUCUUUACAACUCCAUAAAGAGUGAACCUCUGGAGUGGGCUGUUGACGAAGAGGAGCUGAAGAACUUGGUGGAUGAGAAUGACGGUGACAACAUGUCUCUACGUUCCAAAGCAAACCCUUUCCAGGAUGUUCCUCAUGACAAAAAGGCCACUGUGGUCAAAGAGGGAUUCCUCCAGAGGAAGAUCCACGCCGACAUCAAUGGCAAACGCACUCCGUGGGGGAAAAGAGGCUGGAAGAUGUUUUACGGAGUAUUGAAGGGGAUGGUUCUUUACUUACAGAAGAAUGAUUACCCCCGGGAUCAGAUGAACAGUGAGGAGGUGGUGAGCGUGCAUCACUGUCUGGCCGAGCGCGCCUCCGAUUACACCAAGAAGCCUCACGUGUUUCGCUUGCAGACGGCCGACUGGAGGGUUUUUCUCUUUCAGGCCUCAUCCAAGAUGGAGAUGAAUUCCUGGAUCAACCGCAUCAACUUUAUUUCGGCUCUUCACUCGUCGCCUCCGUUCGCCGCUGCCGUCGGCUCUCAGAGGAGGUUUUUCAGACCGAUCCUCCCCUGCUCACAGUCUGCUUUCAGUCUGGACCGUCAGCAGCAGUUUCACCGAGGAAUGCUGGAAUCUUUCACAGCCGACCUGUCGAACCAGCAGCAGAACGCCCCGGACGCCAAGAAGGCCAAAACCAAGGAUCUGGAAGAGCACCGGGUCAGAACCGAGUACCUUCAUCAUGAGAUGUGUCGCUAUGGGAUCUACAUCCAGAUGCUGGAAAUCUGGAACAGCUUGAGGAAGACGGACAACAGCGCGUUGAGCAGCACAAACCUGACGCUCUUCGACAAGGCCGUGUGCGCCGACGCUCUCUGGGAGGACGAGGAGGUGGAAGGCGGGCUGAAGAAGUCCCACUCCAGCCCCUCACUGGAACUGGAGACGGCCAUUCCGGUUGUAAAAGUCAAGCGCAACAUUUCUGAGCGACGGACUUAUCGAAAGAAGAUCGUUCCUCGGUGGAAUAAAGAAGUCUGAGACGAGACGAGCAGUCUGUGGACUCAGAUGUGGUGUUAAUUUAUACAUUCCCUCUGGAAUGUUUAAGUAGUGGAAGGAAAAACUCCAGAGGAUUCUUCAAUUCUGUGCACUUUUACAAAAACAAACCACAGCUGUCAGAUUUUCUAUAACGGGAGGCAAGACCACAUUUUAUUUGUUGAGUGGUGUUAAAUGUCUGGACCUAAUUUAUUUAGUUUUGUUGGAACAUUUAGGCCAUUUUAUUAAUGCUGUCAUACAGACGUUUACGUUUUCACGUGUGCUUUAAAAACAUUACCCACAAGAGGGCGCUGUAGAACAGCACAUCUCUGAACAGAAGUAGGCCAAAAGUCAGUUUUCGUUUAAAAUUGUACUUUUUAAAAUUGUAUUUUAGUAUUGUGUACAAGAAGUUCAUCAGCUUCCUUUGAAAAUGUAUGAAAUCAACAUUCCUGGCAAAUGUUUGACUCAAAUGAAGGAUUUUUCUUCUGAAGUGAAUUGUAACUUCUGCUCAGCUCCUGUUCCUCACUUUGAAAAACAUAUGAACAUCAUUUAAAAAAAAUAAAUAUAGGUAAACUUGAAAA